AUUUUCCUUUGCCAGCUGAGCGGAGUGAGCUCAGACCAGUGUUGUUAAACCUACAGGGCUGACGGGUCUCCAACCUACGGCCCUGCAAAUGGCUUUCCGCACGUCGGCGCAGCUUCAGCUGCUGAGCUUGCUGCUGGGUCUCUCUUCCUUGGACAAGUCAGGGGCCGGGGCCGAGGAGUUCCAGCUGCUGCAGCCCCAGGACCCCGUGUGGGUGUCGCCGGGAGAGACUCUCACUCUGAUCUGCUCUGUGACUGGGCUCGAGCCAGUAGGACCCGUGAAGUGGUUCAAGGGCUCGGGCAGUGGCCGCCAGCUCGUUUAUGCAGAGGUGGGAUCAUUCCCCCGGGUGACGCGGGCUGUGAAUGGCUCUAACACAAACUUCACCAUCCGCAUCAGUGACACCCGCCCCAAGGACGCCGGGAUCUAUCACUGUGUGAAGUUUGAGAAGAGGUCGGGAGCCGAUGAGGAGAUCAGAUCCGGCGCUGGCACCGUCGUGUCUGUGAGCGGUUACUCCCAGGGUUCAGCUGUGGCUGCUGCUGCCGGCACCGUCUGUGUCCUCCUAGUCGUUUUACUCCUUGUCUUCACUUACUUCUUUGUGAGAAAGAAGAGAGGUGAGUGCCGUGGUUCAACCAGCCUGUUCCAGUUACUCCAGGGAUAUUUGCUGCUCCAAGCACGACUGACUGACCCUGUUGUUUCUUUCCUCUGCCCAUCUAGGUCUCAGACUCCCUUUCCCAAGAACAGAAGGACUCCGAGCCAGCCCGGUGAUAGCAAAGACCCAGACGUGCUCUACGCUGACCUGCAGCACACGGCCGGGCUCCAGCAGCCCAAGAAGAGCGCCCCAGAAGAACAUUCUGAAUAUGCUGCCGUUAAGGUAACCCAGGCCAUCGCCAGGUAGAGGGAGAAGGCAGCGAGGCUCUGGACUCCCUCGGAGAAAAACUGUCGGAGGAGGAAGCAGCAACUUUCUGCAGAACACAGCGCACAGUCAUCCAGGUCACACGCGGUCCCCGUGGCGGGCCCGGAACUGACACAGUCUCUUGUUCUCUGGCACCUUAUUGCGCUAUCGCUGGCGUUUGCCAGCGCGGAUGUGACUCAGAACCGGGGGAACUCAUGACCUGGAAAGUCAGCAGCUGCCUGGCAUGUUCCUGUUUUCAGAAACAAUUAAAGAUUUCAAUUAUAUUCUCUCUAAGCAGAGCCAACGACUAUUUGCCUGUGAAAUCUGAGCCGCGGCCUUUGAACGGAUGGUAUCAGAGGCCAUCACAUGAACGGCCUCUGUGAUUUCUGAGGUUGUUCUUAGGAUAAAGUCUUCUAACGGUGGGACACACACAUAGGGCUGUCUUUUCCUUUUCCCUGGGGGUGCUCCGCCCCCAAGGCCUCGCCCCCACUCUGCCCCUUCCCGCCGAACGACUGUGGGGCCUCCUGGCUGCAGUCCAAAAUGACAAACCAAACAAUCCUGCAGCCCACAAAACAGCCCGGGCUCGCCCCGCGCAAGGCAAAUCGCCCUCAGGACAGGAGGCUGGGUUUCUAACCCCCCGGGCCUCGGGGGGCCCAGACUCCGCACCCUGGGCUCUAGGGGAAGCAAAGCAAACUACAGAUGGCCCCUCUACCUCUGCAGAGGAUCUUCGCCAGCUUUCCUGACCCACAGCUCCUUCUUGGAGGGGCUUGGGAGCUCCAACCCUGCUUCCCUCCUAGUGCCAGCCUGCACCAGGCUUGGAUCCCCCCUUUCGAGGGGCUGCCCCUCUCCAGGUUUGACAAGCCGCACCGGUGGCUGGUUUGGGGCUGAUGGUGCCCAGAGGAGCUCUUUAACCCCAUCCUGACCGGGGGAGGGGGCCAGGGGAACCCAUCCUACCACAGGGCAACUUGGUCACCAUCUGUACGUACCUACAAGGGGAACUCCUCGAUAAUCGAGGGCACUUCAGUCUAGCAGAGAAAAGUCCAACACAAUCCAACAGCUGGAAGCGGAAGCUAGAUCAAUUCAGACUAAUGCAUUUUAACAGGGAGGAUAAUUAACCACCGGGGCAAUUUACCAAGGGCCGUGAUGGAUUCUCCAUCAUUGGCAAUUUUUAAAUCAAGACCGGAUUUUUUUUCUCUAGCAGAUCUGCUCUGGUUCAACCAGGAAUUAAUGCAGGGAAGUCCUAUGGCCUGUGUUACACGGGUCAGACUAGAUGAUCACAGUCAAACCUUCUAGCCUUAUAACCUAGGAAUCUUAGGCCUGGUCUACACCUAAAAAUUCGAUUGACCCAGCCACACUGCUCAGGGCCAUUAAAAAUGUCGCUCCUUGUUUGAUGUCAUUACUCAUUAGGUCACCCUAAGCCCCACUGUAGAUGCAGCUGGGUCUUCUGUCAGCCUAGCUCCCCCCUCUC